UGGACACCAAAGGAAUGAAGGAAGUUUUACGAGAAGGAUAUUUAGAUAUAAAAGCACCGGCUGGAAGUCCAGAAGUUAAAUUUUACAAGGUAUGGCAAAGAGUAUGGGCAACAGCUUCAGUCUGCAUUUCUCAGGCAAGUACAGCAAAACUGAUUUUAGAUAUUUCUUGUGGAUCGGAAAUUCCAACACAAAUAAAAGCUCCAAAAGAGGGUUUGAAUAUUUUUCGCAACAACUCUCGCUCCAGACCUUUGCGAAGCUGGGCUUUGGUGUCGGGAAUAAAUGUGCUGCUCUAUUUGGCAGCCGAUAACGAAGAGGAGUCUCAAGAAUGGAUGUUGACUAUAAGAAAUGGUCUUUGGCCUCCUUUGUUACCUGGUGAAAUAAAUAAAGCUAGCAGCCAUGAAGUUUCCCUUGUGGACAGUGCAGAAAGUUUUUCGAUGGGACUAUUGGGUGCCUAUGGAAGGCUUGCAUUUAAUGGUUCCAUACUCAAACUUAUACAUCCUCAUAAUGGUGUGUCCUUAAUCGAGUGGCAAACAAAUAGUAUACAAGAUGUUCAGUUAUUAAGAAAAGUGGGAGAAAAUGCUGGAGUGUUUACCCUAGUUUUUAGCUGGAUAGAUGGCAAUUACAAAAUCUUGCAGUUUUACAGUCCUACCAUCAAAGAGACCACAGAAUGGAUUCAAAUGGUACUGAUUAACACAAAGGAGUCUCCUUUGGAAAACAAAACAAUUGUUUCAAAGCCAAUUAUUAAUUCAAAAGACCAUAUUUACUCCAAUAUUGCACAAGAAUAUGCUUACAUUACAAAGUUUUCGCAUUUUGACAGGUUACAAAAUGUAAAGGAACUUACUUUAGAGGGUGAUAUUCCAUUAUAUGGUGUCCUUAAAGGAAAAAAUAAAGAACGACAACUCAUCAUAGACAAUUUAAAAGAACUGGAUAGUACUUCCAAAAACUCCAUGCAAAGCUAUGGUGUUAUUGAAUCAGAAUGUUCUGGAAGUCAGCCUAUCACAGAUAAAGCAUUGGAGUGCACACCCAAAAAUUUCAAACAAGGCAAUAACAAAGCUAUGCACGAUUUCACAAAAGAGAUUAAUGUAAAUGACUGGUCAUUUCAAGAUUCUGAUACUUUUGACCUAUGUGAGCAUGUAUAUGACAAUUUAGACCGCAAAGAAAGUGUCGAUGGAUUAACUUUAUAUGAAGAAAUUGACUCAACUAUCGAGAUGCAUCCACCCCCACUGCCUCAAGCACUUCCAAAUGGUGUUAAAGUAAAUUCUACUGAAAGUUCACAUACAUUACGGUUGUUAAUGCUAUCAGAAAGUAUUAACAAAGCUUUGAAGGUAGCUGAAAAACCACCAGAACGAAAAGCCUGUUUGAAAGAACGGUUGAAGAUGCUAAAAAUUUCCAAACAAGCUCAUUAAAAUAAAAUCUUUUUGAAGCAGUGCAGCCGUGCAGCCACAAAAAUUUUAUAUUCAUCAAAAAAAAAAAAAAAAAAAAAAAAAACAUCA